AGCGAGGGCGAAGCUGAGAAGAAGCAAAAAAAGAAGACGCCUGCCAAACGCAGCAAACGCGGAGAGAAACAUUACAGCGAUGAUGAAGGGGAGGAGAAGCCGACGAAGAAGACACCUGCCAAACGCCGAGAGAAGGAUGACAGCUCUCGGGACAGCGAGGACGAAGACAAUGCCGCAAAGACGACACCCGCCAAAUGCAACCGCACCAAACGUCGAGAGGAGGAAACCAGCUCUCGGGACAGCGAGGACGAAGACAAACUCGAGACACAGCCACCAAGACAGAGUCACCGCAGACGCACCAAAGAUGUUGCAAAGGAGGAAAAGAAAGCGCCCGAGAAGGAACAUGUGGCCGACGGCAAGGAAACGAAGGCAGCAAAGCGUAGCACCAAGCGGGGGGCUCCUCCGAUUCCCUCGCAAGUCAGCGUCGAUCCCUCGAAUGACGAGGCAUCCGUCCUCAGCAGCCCCACCAAGCGUACCCGCAUGGAUCCUGCACAAAGCAGUGACGAGGACGAGAAGCAAACUCCAAAGGCAAAGCCUCUACGAGAUUCAAACCGAUCCACGAGGGGAGCCAAACGAAACCAGAAGAGCAUGGUGAGUCCAACCCCCAACGCCGGCAAGACGAGGCCCAAGCGCAAAUGUCGGACGGAUGGUUGA